AUAAAAGACCUUUAUGUCAUUUUAUUGUAAAUAUAUUGCUUUUUGUAUGUGUGCAUUAGACUUUGCUCUUGUGGUUCAUAGACUCCUCACCUGCAUUGCGCAGAUAUCCCUGUCGCUUGCACCCUUCACUAUUAUAUAGGGGAUUUCAACAGUUCCUUUUAGUUUUAUUUUUCUUCACCAGGCAUUUCUCUUCAUAUUAAAUAUUAGUAGUCACAUAAAUUAAUGCUUAUUAUUUUCAUCAUUUUCUGUUGAAACCAAUUGGCACAACUCCUUUGAAGAUAGCCCACUACUUUCUGUUUUACAGGGACUUUCAACCACUGUUGCCUGGUGAAGGGAAAUUGCAUGCUAAAAUUCAGUGUCUAAUUACUAGUUUAGAAGGAUAAACUCUCCCUUUGAUAGCAGCAGAAACAUUGGGAUUUCUAUAGCGUGAUGUGCAGUGGUAUAGCUCUUAAUUUAGCUCACUUAAUGCUAAAGCCCAAGGGGGAGGAAUAAUGCAUUUGGUGAAAAUGAUACUGAUGGAGAUUACUCUAGCUAGAACCUAGAGAACCUCGAGAUAAAAGCAGCCACAGACUUGUAUGUAUGGAAGAGUAGUUGGAGUAAUGUUUGCAUAGAAAAAGAUAAUAUUUUCCCAGAGACAAAGUUUGUGCAAGUGAAUUCCUUCAGCAGGGGUGUUUCUUAGGGCAGGAGGGUGCGCUGUUGGACAUAAUACUGUUAUUCAUUUGUUUGGAAACCCUUGUUCUUUGCUGGGGUCCUGAUUACAUCCCUGCUUUAGGGUAAUUUCUUAACAAUGCAAAGUGGAACUCUUCUGUGUCAGCAGCUCAGAAUAGACAGAAUUUUAGAUGAGACAUUCAUUCAUAUUAUAAUUUUUUGUGAAUAUUUCUCAAUGUUAACACUUAAACACACAUCUAACAGACUCUGUCCUCAGUAGUAGGGGUGUCAUGAUUCGAUUUUGACUUUUGAUUUUAAGGUCACAAUAAAAUUUUUGAUUUAAACAUUUUGUUUCAGCACUGCUGGCUAUGCCAUUAUUAGACUAUCGAGUCUUGAUUUGUAAAGAUCACCAGAUCCAUGGUUUUAUGCCCUGCCAAUUGUCAUUUCAAUUGUGAAAUUGACCCUUUAAAAAGCCAGGCUUCAUGUUAUAAAGUGUGAUAUGAUUGCCAUAUUUUUCAGGGAAUUUACAACGCGGACUGCCCUACAUUAAGAGAGAGUCAUAGUUACUCCCACUGUUUAACAGUGCUGGUUUUUCUUGUCAGUCUUGUCAGAGCACGGGAGAAGAGGAGAUAUGCAGGCGGUGUCUCCAUAUUUUCCCUUCUCCCGGUAGGCGAUAAAAGGUUUGGAGAGAAAAAGAUACUGGGAGAAUCGCAAACCUGCCUGUGAUUUCAAAGGUUUAACUUGAACGCUCAUUUUUAUCUAUUUUCUGACUUAGAAAUUGUGACACCCCUAUUCAAUAGCUGAGUAAGUGGUGAUAGGCCUUGUUAACCGUGUCUUGAUCUGAGUGCUUGUUGCCACAUACCUGUGUUAGUUCCUGCCCGUCUUUCACUGAAAAGGGUCUUAACUUUGGUGCCUCGGGUCAUCUUCGUUUUCAUAAGGAAUGAGGAAUUAGAUGGAGACUCCAGGGGACUAAACACGGUAGUGGUGGGGAUCUGUCUGGGCUCUUGACCUUCCGCUGUGUGUCUCCUAGAUGUCACGUUAACACCUUUAAUGUCUGUACUCUGAUUCUCCUGCAGACUGAUUCAUCCCCCUCUUUGUCACUGGCCCAGCUCUCCAAGACUGCUAACCUGGCUGACGCAAAUGCAUCAGAGGAGGACAAGAUUAGGGCCAUGAUCUCUCAGUCCAACCAUGACUAUGAUCCUAUACAUUACUCCAAGAAGGCAGUCGGACCUCCACCUGCUCACUACACCUGCUACCGCUGUGGAAAGGCUGGUCACUACAUACGUCAAUGCCCCAUGCAGAUGGUCCAGGAUAAGAGCGUGGAGGGUCCGAAGCCUGUAAGGAUCAGUAAGGGCAUUCCUCAGAGCUUCAUGGUUAAAGCAGAGCCUGGCACCAAGGGAGCCAUGUUAACCAGCACUGGAGAAUAUGCCAUACCUGCUAUAGAUGCGGAGGCAUAUGCGCUAGGAAAGAAGGAGCGUCCUCCAUUUGUUCCUCGUGACCAGUCGUCUUCUGAGGAUGAGUCCGACCCGAUCCCUGAUGAGCUGCUGUGUCCAAUCUGCAACGACUUGAUGACUGAUGCUGUAGUCAUACCCUGCUGUGGAAACAGUUACUGCGAUGACUGUAUCAGGACCAGCUUGCUAGACUCAGAGGAGCACAUUUGCUUCACCUGCAAACAGUCUGAUGUGUCACCUGAUAACCUCAUUGCCAACAAGUUUCUUCGACAGGCUGUGAACAAUUUUAAGAAUGAGACCGGUUACACCAAACACGGGCGCAAGCAGCAGCACCAAGCAGCCCUGCCCCCACCUCGCCCUCAGUUAGUCAGGCCUCUGCCCUCCAGGCAGCAGGACCCACUCGUGGCCAACAUGUCUCACCCUCCUCCUGUGACCAGUGUAUCAACCACCACUGCCCCUCCUCCAGCACCAGCACCGGUCCUGGCCGCUCAGCCUGCAGCUGCCACCCCUGUUGAAGUACAAGAGGUUGCACCUACGCCUACAUCCGUAUCUGCACCUACACCCACACCUGCCCUCGCCCUCGACCACCUUUCUCCUAUGCACUCAGCCAGUCAGAGCGAACCGCCUCCACCAGGUGAGACAGACCCAGAGCCUGCUGUGACCCUAGACUCCUCUGCAGUGUCUGACAGCGGACAACAGGUCUCCCAGGGCUACCAUGUCACUGUGAUUGGCCAUCCACCACCUUCAAGGGCCCCUCAUCCCUCAGGUCACCAGUCGCGGCCCCACCACACUCACAGAGGCGGAGCCAGACAUUGGGACAGGUCCUAUAGACCUCGAGGAGAGCACCCUCCCACUCACCUCCAGACAGCUCCACCCCCUGGCCCGACUCCUCCAGCACCCUACCCGGCACCCUCCCUAUACCCACCCCCUCCACAGACCUACCCCCCUCCCUACUCCUCUGGCCCCGGCCUUGUCCCCCCACCUGCAGUCACUUACCAGCCCCAGCCUGUCUAUGCACACGGACCCCCGGGUGUCAACCCUCCCUGGGUUCCCCCUGGUACCCAGCCCCCUAUUGGCCCCCUGCCUCCCUCUCUCUCACAACCCCCCCUCUCCAAGGAAAAUUUCUAUAGGCAGCGGCACCACCAUCAGGAUGAAGUCACAUCCAAAUUAGAUGAGUUCACAAAAGACUUCCACAAAGAACUUAUGAAAUACAGAAAUGCACCAAAGAGACGAAGACGCUCUUACUCCAGGUCCAGGUCAUACAGCCGCUCUCCAUUUAGCCGCUCUCCCUACUCCAGAUCUAGAUCCAGAUCCAGGUCUUACUCCUAUUCCCCGAGCCGGUCCCGCUCACGCUCACGUUCCCGAGGCAGAUCAUACCCCCGCUCCCCUUUUUCUCGACGAAACGGGCGCAGUUAUGGACGUUCACGUACACGGUCACGCUCUCGUUCAAGGUCUUAUGGGUAUCGGCGCUCAGGCUCACCACGGUCUCCCCCUUACCGGGGAGGAGGCUGGGAGGGAAGUGAGGGUCCUUAUAGGUCCAGGUCACGGUCUCGGUCUCGCUCUCCUGGUGGAUACCGUAGUAGAAGUCCUGGUGGCCGAAAGGCACCUCCUCGGGAGCCAGUGCCCUAUGAACUGAAGGGUCCAAAUCGUGAAUUGAGUCCUGGAGGCCAUGAACGCUGGGAAAGAGACAGCUAUCGACAGUGGGAGAGAGAGUAUAGAGACUGGUACAACAAGUACUACAAAGACUAUGAUGCAUCACUGCAUCAUAGAGGUCGUGGCAGCAGGGAGAGGGACAGGGAUAGGCUCUCCCCCCCUUUGUCAAGAGAUUACUCACCGCAGGGAAGGGGAAGAAGAGGAAGAGAAGAUAGAGGAGCGCCACCUCACCACCACCCUCCAUCCUCUUCCUCUUCAGGGACCAAGCCCAGCACUAAAAUCCUAAAGCCCAAGAAAGUAAAGAAGAAGAAGAGCGGGGAGGAGCCAGAGCCAUCACAUCAGUCAAUGGACAGAGGUGAUGCCACACCUGUCCGAGAUGAACCAAUGGAUGAACUCCCCACACUUAACAAAACGCCUCCUGUGUCCUCUAAGCCUCCAACAGGUACUACGACUACCAAGGCUACAACUUCUAAGAGCACUGCCGUACCUGGUAAAACUACAACCAAAUCAGGAAAGACCCAAUCAGAUAAGAGCAAGAAGGAGAAAGGUCAGAAGGUAAAAGUUAAAGUAAAGACAGAAGGGCCAAAAGUGAAAAGUGACAAGGUGAAAAAGAAGACAGGAGACGGAGGACUGCCCAAAAAGAAAGAGUCAUCCUCCUCCUCCUCGUCUAUUGCUAAACCGUUAAAGACUACCAAGGCCAGACCAGACGAUGCCCACAACUCUGCAGCUCUGAAGAAGGACAAGGGGAAAAGCUCUACCGUGAGGACUGCACUGCUAAAAACUCCUCCGUUAUCCACUCGGACACUGCCUCUCCCACACCCCCCUCUCCAUGAUGGCCCCCGACCUGCACCCGACAUUCGGGGAAGGCGAGAUCUUCCCUCGACGGGUGGUCUCCUUCCCCUCCCCCCGCAACAUGGACUCCCACUCCUCCACCACCCACCCUCCCCGGUGGACAAACGCAGGAGAAUAGGAGACGAACGGAGCUCCAUACUAGGGCCUCCACCUGGCAAGCUGAGGAGAAUAGAAGGGAUGGCCGAUGUCCUCUCUCACCCGCACAUCUCUCUUCAGGCUCAGCUCCAGAGAGUCCCACCACCCUCAGAGAGGCCAGGUCUUCUUCCCAUACUAGGGAGUCGUGACAUGGGCCGGGGAGAUGCUGACAGAGGGCCCAUACGACCCCUCAUGGAUCUUCAGGUCAAGCCAAUGGACCAGAGGAGGAUCAAGCUGAACAGAGAGCUGGGGAGAAAGGGCAGCAUCGAGACGGCAGUCUCGGACAGAGGACCUCCAGGGCCGGAGAAGGCGACUACCACCUUAGACCGAUCAGUUCCUAUCAGCUCCUCUGGAGGUGACAGACCUAGCAGAACAGUGGAGGGAUUGGGAAGGAGAGAGCGAUCGUCAUCCAAAGAGAGAGGAGGCUCCAGAGAGAGGCCAGGGAGUGCUGGAGAGAGGGCAUCAGGCUUGGAAAGAGAGCGCGACAGAACCUCGGGAUCUGAAAGAGAGAGGGAUCGAGGUUUAGGAUCCGACAGGGAGAGGGAUAGAGCUCCAGGGUCAGAUAGAGAGAGGGAUAGAGCUCCAGGGUCAGAUAGAGAGAGAGAUAGAGCUGCAGGGUCGGAUAGAGAGAGGGAUAGAGCUGCAGGGUCGGAUAGAGAGAGGGAUAGAGCUGCAGGGUCAGAUAGAGAAAGGGAUAGAGCUCCAGCGUCAGAUAGAGAGAGGGAUAGGGGUCCAGGGUCGGAUAGAGAGAGGGACAGGGUGUUGGGGUUAGGUAUGCAGAAGGUAGCAGUGACGGUGGAGAGGGAUGCUGCAGAAGGAGAGAGGUCUGUGAAGGCAGAAAGAAAGAACAUAAAUAUUGCUAGCAGCAGUGGAGGCGGAGGGAGGUCGGUAUCUCUGGACAAGAUGACCAUCGGAGAGAGAUCAGCCAUCACCAGGAGACCAGCAGGCCAACAGGAGAAAUCAAGCUCAUCCUCCAAGGAGAGAGGAGAGGGCUCUGACAGAGCUGCCAAACCUGACAGGAGUGUAUCGAGGGACAGAGCAGAGAGAAGUGCGUCCUCAGGAGAGAAGCCAGCUGCUGCUCACAGAGAGGCAGUAAAAGACAGUGAGGAGUCUGCGGUGAAGAGCAAAUCUAGGAUCAAUCGCAAGGCACUGACACGCCAUGCCCCGGGCUCUGCCAGCAGUAGGUCCACUGAGGAGACGAAGCGAGACACAGACCAAGACCAGAAGGCUGCAGCUGCUAAACCCACAGACCACCCUCCUGGUAGUCCUGCAAACAGCCGUGGCCGCAGCCAAGGCCCCAGCCCGGCACCCAGCCCAAAUAGGGAGGAGACGCUCAUUCAGCCACCUCCCCGCUCCAAGUGGGAGAGAGAAGACGACGAAGAGGGGCAGGAGAACGGAAUGAGCGCCCUCAGGGAGAGAGAGCCUUCACCAUUGCCACCCAGGAUCCGAAGCAGAGAGGUGCCCUCCGAAACAUCUAAAGCCAUCAGGAGUGAAGGGCGAGAUGGAAGGGGGGAGAAGAAAGGAGUAGUGAAGGAGGAGAAGAAAGCAAGAGGAGUGAGAGAGGAGGGGAAAGGCGUAAGGGCGGCACAGGCAGAUUCAGUCAAAUCAGCCAAAACUAAGGUGAUGAGGGAGGAGGGUAGAGGAGUAAGAGAAGAAGGGAGAGUUGGUGCAAGGGAGGAAGGCAGAGGAGGAGGAGGGAGGGAGGAAGGCAGAGGAGGAGCAGGAAGAGAGGAGGGUAAAGGAGUAACUGGGAAGGAGGAGCGAGGCGGGGGAGGAAGAGAAGAGAAUCGUGGCCCGGAGCCCAGGAGGCAGCGUUUGUGCUCCGACCUGGGCCGCGAGACCGACGAGGCAGCCUUCGUCCCAGACUACAGUGAGGGCGAAGGCUCAGAGCCAGAGAGGGGGAGGAGCAUGAGCCCGAGCCCCUCCCUCAGCCCGGGAUCCCACAGCAACCGCAGCGGCUCGGCUGGCACCACCACCACGGCAGAGAAGAAGAAGAAGAAACACAAGAAGCACAAGAAACACAAGAAACACAAGAAGCACAGCGCGCAAGAGGGAGAGGCGGAGCACAAGGAACAUAAACACAAACACAAGAAGAAGAAACAUAAAAAGAACAAAGAGAAGGACACAGAGGAAGGAGGAGAGAGGAUGGAGAAAGCAGAGGAUCAGACUGUGCUAACUAGUGGUCGCUAAACAUCUGAGCCAAGCCUGCUGGCGAACAUCUGUAGCCUUCCUGCGUUCAGGGAGGAGUGAUGAUACAUAGAGAACUGUCAGCCAAAGAUGGCGUGCUCCUCCUCGGGUCACUCCUACAGAAUGGAUAACAUGGCACUAUGAAUGUACGCGACUUUGCAGGAGACCGGAGGAGCUCGGCCUGGCUGUUCAUCUAACCUUUACGCAGUUCCUCAAGCAUACUCAGCACUUUGUUGUGCUUGGAUCUCAAACAGAGCGUAACCAAUACUGAGUUUUCUUUCUGUUGUUCCAUGUGAACUCACUUUGGUCACAUCAGGUUCGGAAAGCCACCGUGUCCCUGUUCUCAGUGUUGUGGUCACACCGGAGCCUGCCACAAAAGACUUGAUGUGAACUGAACAUUCUGCAGUGUGUCUAAAAAAAAAAAAAAAAAAGAAAAAAAAAGAAAAUAGGAAUAACAAAUGCUGUACUCAGGGAUGUGAUUGCUUCCUUCUUAAAUAGGAGUUGCCGUUUCUCUGCCCCUUUUGAAUAAAUUGUAAAUAGAGAUGAACUGUUCAAGUUGUUUUUUUUUUUUUUUCCCAGUAUGUAUUGAUCACAUCCCUGUGUGCUCUUCUAGGCUGAAAAUACUAAAUAGCAAGCAUUCUGUAUUGAAUCUUUAUGAUUGAGGGGCCCUUGUAAGCACCUUUUACUUUAAACCAUAUUUUUUAGGGUACAGGCUGCAUUCGUGCUACACUGGAUUGUAUUAUCUGGGAUGUGUGUGUUACAGCAAGUCAGUCUGCAUGGUUUUUCCCCCUCCCCCCAAAGGUGCGGUGGUUUAUCACAGUGUGCAAGAAUGUGUGUGUUGUAUGUAUGUGUGUGUGAGUGAGAGUGAAAUGUGAUGUUUGGAAUGGGACAAAAUUGUAGGGCUGCUGUUCUUACAAACGACAGAUUUUUUUGUUUUUGUUUUUUAAUUAAAAUGUUUUGACCUCA